ACAAAUGUGAGUGGUCCUAAUACAUAUCUGUCUGCUGCAGACAAAUAACGACCCAAAUUAAACGGGAAUUUAAAAAACGUUUUAAUGAUAAGUUAAUGUAAAUCAGUCGUUGGUGCCACAAAUAAUCAAAUAAAUCAAAUAUUUUUAAUUUAUUAACACUUUUAGAGCACUUACCGCCGGCUAGGAUUCCUUUUAAAUAUUUAUUUUCACAAUCCUAUUCACCCGUCUUGACAGGCGAAUCAGUCUUUGAUAGCACUACGUAAAGAAAAUGCCCACAAAAAUUUUAACAUGCCAACGCAUCCUCACAAUCACUGUCAUUUUGGGCUUCAUGAUCCACCACAUGCUCCGAGUGAACAUUUCAAUCGCAAUAGUCGAAAUGGUCUUCAGAAACAAUUCCAACGUUACUCAAGAAGACCACGGUCCACGCUACAACUGGAACGAGGAGGAAAAGAACGAUAUUUUAGGCUACUUUUCCUGGGGUUACGCUAUAACCCAAAUUCCUGGAGGAAGACUUUCGGAGAAAUUAGGAGCUAAGAUUGUCGUAGGAACUGGUCUUUUGAGUGCCAGCAUUUUGACCCUGCUCACACCCGUAGCAGCCCAUAUGGGUUACAUUUGGCUCGUCGUGGCUAGAUUUUGUCUGGGCGUGUCCUUAGGCAUACACUGGCCUUCGACGCCUCCCAUUGACACGAAAUGGAUAGCACCAGCUGACACUGCUACUUUUAUGUCACAUAUGGUAGCUAGUUCUUUGGGAGUCGCCGUCGCGUUGCCCGUUUAUGGCUACCUGAUAGCUUACUGGGGCUGGGCUAGCGUUUUCUACGUUAUGGGGAGCAUCGCUCUAACUUGGUCCCUGUGUUGGUUUUACUUGAUCUACGACUCACCUGAAGAACAUCCAAGGAUAAGUACCACCGAGAAGGAAAAACUUCGACGGGACAUAAAACCUGUCAACACGUCACUGAAGAAACCUCCAAUUCCUUGGAUGAAAAUGUUGACUUCAGGACCAGUAUGGUCGGUGAUAAUGGGCAACAUUUGUAUUGGGUGCACUUUCUUCGUGGUUUUCAAUCAAUUACCAACCUACAUGAGUCAGGUGCUCCAUUUCAACAUCAAAGCGAACGGAUGGUUUUCCGGUUUACCUUAUUUAGUCAGAUACUUCGUGUCACUGUCGUCUUGCAUAAUCGCCGACAAACUCAAAAAAAGCGGAAAAUUUUCGACCACGACUAUUCGAAAAUUUUUCAAUGUUUCGUCCUUCGCAGGUGCUGGAUGUCUCUUUACGCUGCAAGCAUUUUGGGGUUACAAUAGAAUAGUGUCUGUGUUAGUUUUCACAGGAUCUUUUGGUUUAAUGGGUUUCAUUACAGCAGGCGUGUACACGAAUCCGGUAGACAUAUCGCCCGCUUUUUCGGGGACGAUCCUUGGUAUUAGUCAAGUGCCUGGAGCUUUGAUAGGUUAUGCUACCACAGAAGUUGUGGCUUUCUUCACUAAGGAGAAGCAAGGUUUCGAGGAGUGGGCUUCCAUUUUCUGGAUUCUAGUAGGUGUGAAUGCGUACGCGGCCGUCUUUUCCUUCAUUUUUACUUCUGGAGAGGAGCAGAGCUGGAGCGUCAGUGCUGACGUAGAGGAAAUGGAAAAGUUGGAAAAUAGUGACGCUGCAAAAAAGUAAAAGUUUCGACAUGUUUUGAGUUUUAUUUCUACUUGUCAAUGUUGAUUUUAUUUGAUUGAUG